GGGUUUCACAAAUUUAGAAUCGCCGCUCUAGUCGCCGAGCCAGUAUUUUGCCACCGCCUCUCCCUCCUCCUCCCCAAAUAUAUGUUAAAAUCAAUCGAAUUUUACUUGUAUCCUCUAAUGGAGCACUGAUUCAACUCCCAACACAGGCUGUUGAACCUCACUCUUCUUGUUCCUGAGCUUCACAAAACAUCGUCCUGGGCUCAUCAUCGUCCAAGAUAUUGUGAGCUGCGUAGACCACUCUUACAUGAAACUUAUCUGAGAGAAGACAAGGUCAAACAUGGGAGCUCUUGCUCAGGUAGUUUCCUGGAUACCCGAGGACGACCUGCUUCUAAAGAACGCCAUAGAGGCUGGUGCAUCUCUAGAAUCGCUUGCUAAAGGCGCUGUGCAGUUCUCUAGAAGAUUUUCUAUCAGAGAACUGCAAGAUCGAUGGCAUGCACUCCUAUAUGAUCCAGUAGUUUCUGCAGAGGCAGCUCUUCGGAUGGCUGAACUUGAACGUACUAACCCUAAUUUUCCUACAAAGUUUACUAGAACUGGAUCAAAAGAAAACAAAAGUUCAUCUAAGAAGAGGAGGGCUGAACAGCUCAGAAGUACUUACCAUUCCUUACGGAAGAAAUUUCGCACCGAGUCAUUCAAUUCCUUGGAUCUAGGUUUUCUCGUUCCAUCAAAUGACAGCCAUUUCAUGGAUAAUGGUGAUGCAGCGCAUCUCGGUCUUGAAGACUCUCACAUGGACAUCAUCCACAAUGCGUUCCCAGAUAUCUUGGCUGAUGGCGGUUGCGUGACAAAUCAUGUUGUGUCAGAAGAUAAUUUACAGGGAAACAUCUCCUACGUAGGAGGAGAAAAUCUCGCAUUCAGUGAACAUGCAGCUCCUUCCGGAUGUGACGCGGUUCAUCAAAAUUCCAAACAGAAACUAGAGAUUUCUGCUCAUGAGCCUAAAACCACAAUGGCUAGCACUGAUUGUUUCCUGGCACAGCUUUCAAAUUCUCUUUUCGAAGACGAGGAGCCGUUCAUGGAAGUAGAUGGCAAAGAAGUUGACAAGACGUAUUAUGAUGGUCUAAGCUCACUGUUGGUGAACCCGACAAACGUGAAAAAUAGCGGGGUUUUGCCUAUUACCACUGAACAAGAUCCUUCCAGCGAACAAGCUCAUCCCGUAGAUGCGGUUCCGAAUGGCCAUGUGAUCCCUGAGAUAUAUGGGACAAGUGCAGUGAGGUCAACGGAGUGCAAACCUGUGUCUGACUUUUCUGCUAUUGAUCCUCAUCCUGAGAUUGUUAAUGGUGUUAUCUGCUGUUUAUUGAACCAAGAGGAUCCUGAUAUUCCGUGUAAUGAUGACAUUCUUCUGUCCAGCACCUGCCAUCCAAUGUCAGUUUAUUCAUUAGCCCGGCGGAACUUUAAAGAUACAAGCAAUCCCAUAACUUCAUCUGUUAGAGAUCUCUCUGCCACUAGGGAAAGAAGUGAGGGACAUACACAAAAGAAGAUACCAGGACGUUUGCAAGGGUCUUCUCAAGGAAAGCCAGACACAGGUCAACCAAGUCAAUCUACCAAAUUCAGGGCAUUGACAAGUCCUGAGUCACAUAAUAAGGUUGGUCCUGCUGGUUCUUCUGGUUCUGCACAGGCAUGCUCAAACCCUCUUCUUUCUGAUGGUGCAAAAGAUGGAAACAAAGAGAUGGCCGGUGGAAAACGUAUCGUCGGAUUUGACGAACAUGGAAGCUAUUCCGAGAAGGAUAGUGGAAACUGUAAAGAGGAAAAAGGUGUAUUACCUAUAAGUGAAGUGCCGCAAGCAGAAGAUGAUGAUGUUGACUUGAUAGAGAUUUUAGAACGUGAGCUGGAGAUCAGUCAUACAGAAGUAGACGAGCAGGUUAUUGAGAGUGACGAGGACUUGCCGAAUUAUUCUGACAUUGAGGCUAUGAUACUUGACAUGGACUUGGAUCCUGAUGACCAAGAUAAUUUUGAUCUCGAAGUCUCCAAGUAUCAGAGCCAAGAGAUGAAAAGAACAAUUAUGAGACUUGAACAGGCUGCAUAUUCAUAUAUGCAAAGAGCCAUUGCUUCUCGUGGUGCAUUCGCUGUUUUAUAUGGUAGAUAUUCAAAACACUACAUCAAGAAACCUGAGGUCUUGGUGGGUAGAUCAACAGAAGAUCUCUCGGUAGACAUUGAUUUGGGAAGAGAAAAGCGUGGCAGCAAAGUAUCUCGACGCCAGGCGAUCAUACGGUUGGGUGAUGAUGGGUCGUUUCAUAUGAAAAACCUGGGGAAGUAUGCAAUCUCAGUGAAUGAGAAGGAAGUAGACCCUGGACAGAGUUUAAUCCUCAAAUCUGAUUGUUUGCUUGAGAUACGGGGAAUGCCUUUUAUAUUCGAGACAAACCAAAGUCGCAUGAAAGAGUACUUGAAGAAAAUAGGGAAAGGCAACUGAGACCAGAACGAGAGUGAGUGUUCUUUGUGUAUUGGCUUGUGAAGAAGUUGAAUGAUAGUCUCUCUCUUGUAGUCUUGUGUAAUGUUACCUUAACCACAGGAACAUGUUUUGUAGAUCCUUUAUUAUUACCUGUUUAGUUCUGCAACAAGCAUAGUUGACCCAGUUUUUUUUUUACCUUUUUAGCCAUGAAAUUAAAAGAUUACAACCGAGGUUGUUGUGUUUCACCGAAG